AUUUUUUACGCUUUCUCUGAAUGUUAAGAAAUUUGUUUUGCUUACCGUUUAUCUGGUGAUAACGAGGCUGCUACUGUGUGUCCCGCCACGCGCCGAUUAGGUCAUCAAGCACGUGCUUCAAUGUUUGCUCUAUCAAUAUGUAUGUGCGUGUGUUUUCAGUACGGCCAAAUACACUGCGUAAUCAGGGAGCUGGUACAGGAGAAAUUCGGCCACGACACAUGGCUUGACAUCUUAAGGCGGUCAGGUCUGGAUUCCCUCAGCCAUUUCCAGGUGUUCACACGUUAUGACGACUCCUUAACCUUCCACCUUGUGUCCGCAGUCUCAAAACAUCUCGACUUGCCAGUCGAGGCUGUGUUGCGGGUGUUCGGGGGAUACUUCUUUGGCUAUUGCUUACGUCACGGCUAUGAUAAGAUGCUGAAGACUCUGGGAGGCGACAUGGUCAGCUUCAUUCAGAACCUAGACUCACUCCACUCCCUCCUGGCCCUGUCCUACAACGGCAUCAGCGCCCCCUCCUUCAGGUGUGAAGAAGCAACGACGGGACGCUGGUGCUUCACUACUACAGCACGCGGCCUGGCUCUAUCCAUCGUCAUAGGUAGGUCACACACUUCUCACCACCCUUUUCUCUUGCCUCGUGUGGUGCAUCACCUGUCUCGUAGCUACCAACGGCGUUGUCCUGCGAUGUCCUCCCUCUGUCCACCGUCAGCGUCUUCUGCUGCCUCAUCUCCUUAUUCCUCUCGUCUUUUGAAAAGAUGCUUCAUGACUGCUGACAGUUCACUGCCUCAGACUUUCUUAUCGUUGUUUUUCUCACCAGGGUUAGUGGAAGCGGUGGGUCGGGAUCUUUUUCAGCAGACUGUGAUCCUGACGGUUCUGGAUCAAGGCCAGGAAGACAUGGGUCACAUGACGAUCUUGCAUCACACGGCUUUCCGCGUCGAUCUCCAUGGCAACGCAACCUUCGCGAGUGAUUGUUCCCCCUGUGCUCUUUCUGUUACCACAAAGAGGCAGGAGGGAAGGAAGAGUGGGGAUGAGAGGGAGAUAGCCCCGGCUGCCCUGCCCGUUGACCGCUGGUCUCCAGAAGGAAGGGUGGAGAAUGAGUUCCCAUCCGGCCCAGAGUCCCUGUUACUCAAGCCCCAGGACUUGUGCACGGCCCUCCCCUAUCACGUGGUGUUUGACGUGCAGCUGCGCGUGCGGCAGUGCGGUGUGAUGGUGCGUCACUUCGCGGGUUGGCCCGUGGGUGACGGAACGCCACUGGAGGCGCUGUGCAGCAUUGUGCAUCCCAUCAUGCAGCUGUCCAUCGACAACAUCUUCAAGUUUAUCAAUGCCGUAUUCCUCGUCGCCAUUCAUCGCCAAGGCUCCGAUAAGCCUUUCUUGCUUAAAGGUCAAAUGGUGUGGAUGCCACGUUCCGACAUGAUCUUCAUCAGCUCCCCACGUCUCACCUCACUUAACGAGCUGCUGGAGAUGAAGGUCUACCUGGCCGACAUCCCGCUGUAUGACGUCACAAGAGAGCUCGUGCUGCUCAACCAGCAGCGCAUCGCCGAGAUCGACGUGGGCAUAUGUGGUUAUCGUGACAGUGUAGUCGUUGUCACUGUGCAAGGUGUGGUUAUCGUGACAGUGAAGCAGCUGGACGAGAAGACGGCGGAGUUGCGGCGGACGUCACGUGCUCUGGAGGAGGAGAAGCAGAAGACAGAGGCUGCUGUACAGAUGCUGCCACCAAAGGUCGCCAAACAGUUGACCCUGGGCAAGCGGUAGAGGCAGGCAUAGAAGUUCGACAUCGUGACUAUCCUCUUCAGCGACAUCGUCACCUUCACUAACAUCGCCGCCGCCUGCAGCCCCUUGCACAUCGUGGACAUGCUCAACGAUCUCUACCAGCGCUUCGACAGUCACACCACGACACACGCCGUCUACAAGGUAGAGACCAUAGGUGACGCCUACAUGGUGGUGGGUGGGGUGCAAGAGCAGCAGGAGGACCACGCCGAGCGAGUGGCCAGUUUCGCCAUGGACAUGGUAGAGGAGGCUGGCUUCGUGACCUCACCGGCCACCGGCCUACCGCUGCAGAUCCGGGUGGGCGUGCACUCGGGUGGCGUGGUGGCCGGGGUAGUAGGGAGGAAGAUGCCGCGCUACUGUCUGUUUGGCGACACCGUCAACACUGCCUCCCGCAUGGAGAGUCACGGGGUGCCUGCCAGGAUACAUGUCAGCGGCGCCACCUACCGUUGUCUUGCUCAGCGUGGUUAUGCCUUCAGAACAAGAGGUCAGAUUGAGGUAAAAGGUAAAGGUAAAAUGACAACCUACUUCCUAGUGGGUAGUCCAUCACGUGACGUCCGAGAGCCAGAUGACGAGUUCUUGUCCCUUCCAGUGGAGCGAAGCACAGCGCCAGACGAGAGUCGGUAUGGGUCAGAAGGGCAAGAUGUCAAUCAGUUUUCUGACCUGACCGCCGCAGGCAACAGCAAUCAAGAUCUCUCCAAAACUAAUGGAAUUUUACUGAAUGACCGUAAUGAGUCGGACACGAGGAUGUCGAAGAGAGCAAGCCAACCCGUGGACAACGCCACCAGUAGGGGCCGGGUUGUGGUGGAGGAUGUGCUGUGGUCCAGUCACGCCAGUAAACUGUGCCUCAUCGUGUGACAUUACCGAGUCACUCAAGGUAAAUACCUCUCACAUUACCUAGUCACUAAAGGGGCAUGUUUUGCUCACUUUCACUACAACCUACCGCACCACAGGUGCAAGAGAUGGCAAGUUCCACUCAAAGACGGACCGCAAGAAAAAAGGUAGGAAGGCAGUUCCACUGUAGAACAAUCACAUCCAACCUAGUCUGUAAUUCAAGUCAAACUUGUGUAUGCCACCUCGCAAGGCUGUCAGCAACAUCUGUUUCCACAUAUAAUGAUCAAGCAAGGUUUCUAAGACCAUUUUUGACCCUGGAUAUUUUGGCUGUGACAAGGAGAAAUGCUGGAUGGGUAAAAAAGGCAAUAACUUUGGAACACUUUCACGAUAUCAAAGUGACUAGGGUUGCAAUGCAAUUUUUACUUUGUAAUUUGGUUAAUUGCGAUGCCAGACAAGAUUGGUCGCUAGCUUCAUAGAGGGACAAGUAGCACGUAGCCACAAAAGAUGGAGCAAAAAAAGACAAGACUUGUGGCAGCUAUGCUGGUGUAAUGCAAGUGUUCAUGUGUUGAAAUGAAGUAUGCAUGCAAGUGUACAAGUGUUGAAAUAAUGCACUGAGCUUGUUGAAAAUUUUAUUGUGCAGUAGGUGUGCAGAUCUUAUGUCACCCACCAACAACCCCUAAAAGCCUAGGGUGUGAUGUAUACCAUGUCUUGCAUGUUGGCUAUCGAUGGCAGGGUCAAUGACCAAUCAUUCAUCCUCUUCUGGUCCAUUAAAGACAUCACAUACAAAGA